AUGGAACUCCUAGCAAUUUUCAUCGUUGCUUUGACUGUCCUUGUGGCAAUGGCAUUCUAUUAUGAACACCCCAAGGCAGAAAUCCCUCCUGAAAUUAGUCAGCGCCAAAAGCUCUACAUUCUUCAUCAUAUGCUGAACUUCGGGUUUGGUAUGGCAAAAUUUUUGGAAAAAGUAGGUGUCACCUCAGAGGUCUCUGUCGUCAGGACUAUAAUGGAUGGAAUACCACCAUUAAAAGAUAAACAUCUUUUUAUCAAGGACUUAAUGUUUGAAACGGUUAAAGUCAGAAUUUACCAGCCAAAAAUAUCAACCACUGGCCAAAGAAGAGGCAUCAUUUAUCUACAUGGAGGAGCUGGACGGUUUGGAAGCAUUCGAGCCUAUGAAAGAGUAUGCCGCUAUUUCGCUAGAGAAAGCAAUUCAGUGGUGGUGUCUGUGGGGUAUCGCUUAGCUCCUGAGCAUCCAUAUCCAAUCCAGUUUGAGGAUUGUCUCACUGCCACCAUACACUUUCUGAGGACUGCACAGAAUUAUGGAGUAGACCCUUCUCGCAUUAUCAUCUGUGGAGAUAGCAGUGGAGGUACACAAGCUGCUGGUGUUGCCCAAGCACUGGUGAACAGACGAGAUCUCCCAAGGCUGAGAGCGCAAAUCCUAAUAUACCCUUUUCUCCAGGGUGUGGACUUUAAUUUGCCUUCUUAUCAGCAGAAUGAGAGAAUCCCCGUUUUGCUAAAGGAACGAACCCUUGCUUUUUGUUUGCAGUAUCUUAAUAAAGACCUGUCAGUCAUGGAGGCAGUGCUUAAAGGUUGUCACAUUCCAGAAGAUUUGAAACUGAAGUACCAGAAAUGGGUGAGUCCUGACUACAUCCCUCAGGAGUUUAAAAUAAGAGGCUACAAACCAAGCACACCACAACCAUUCUCAAAAGAACUCUAUUCACUGAUCAAGCCUGUGUUUGACACUGUUUUUUCACCACUGCUAGCUGAAGACUGUGUUAUUGCUCACCUUCCAGAGGCUCUCAUUUUGACCUCUGAAUUGGAUGUGCUUAGAGAUGAUGGACUGCUGUACAAGAAACGAUUAGAGGAUCAUGGUAUAAAAGUGACCUGGUGCCACCUGCAAGAGGGAUUCCAUGGAUCAUUAUUCUUUUCUUUUCUUGAUAAAGUGUUAACAUUCAAAUCUACACAUGAAGGCCUGGAAAAAAUAACAGAUUUUCUAAGAUUGAUGUAA